AAAUAACUUUAGAGUAAAAAUUGAAGAGAAAUUUCAUUUAAUCCCUUAAUGUUUGGGUAGUUAUACAAUAAUACCCUCAAAACUAAAAAAUCAAUGUUUUAAAAGCUUGCAAUGUGGGUUUCCAUGUUUGCUCAUCAACGCUCUGAUCAUACAUCCAUGGAAGCUCAACCCACAAAAGAAGUUUUCUUCUCUUUACCGGUCGAUCCUGAAGAUCAAAAGGCCACCGAAUUCCGACCAUUCUCAAUAGCCCCACCCCACAUGCGAGCCUUCCACCUUGCAUGGUUCUCUCUCUUCUCAUGCUUCUUCUCCACCUUCUCCAUCCCUCCUCUCGUCUCCGUCAUCCGCGAGGACCUCAACCUCACCGACACCGAUAUUAGCUACGCCGGCAUAGCCUCCUUCACCGGCUCCAUCUUCUGUCGCCUCGCCAUGGGACCCAUAUGCGACCUCGUGGGCCCUCGGGUCGCCUCCGCCACGCUGUCAUUCCUCACCGCUCCCGCUAUACUCUCAAUGUGUAUAGUCUCGUCGCCAAACACCUUCAUUCUCGUCCGCUUUCUUGUCGGCUUCUCGCUGGCGAACUUCGUCGCCAACCAGUUCUGGAUGAGCUCCAUGUUCUCCGGCUGCGUUGUCGGCCUCGCCAACGGCGUGGCAGCCGGGUGGGCCAACGUGGGCUCCGGCGUCACCCAGUUGGUCAUGCCGCUCAUAUACGCUCUCAUCUUGUCCUUCAACGUAUCGUCUUCCACCGCUUGGCGCGCUGCGUUUAUUUUCCCCGCCAUUUUCCAAGUUGUGACAGCGAUAAUGGUGUUGGCUUACGGCCAAGAUCUACCUUCCGGGAAGUACUACUACAAACUUUCCGAAACGACGCAGGAUGAGAAAUUCUGGAAAAUCCUCUUCAAUGGGCUGAAGAACUAUAGAGGGUGGAUUUUGGCUUUGACAUACGGGUACAGUUUCGGAGUGGAGCUGACGACUGAUAAUAUUAUAGCGCAGUAUUUCUACGACAGAUUUGAUUUGAAUCUUGAGUUGGCCGGGACUGAGGCGGCCAGCUUUGGAAUUAUGAAUUUAUUUUCGCGGCCGACGGGAGGGUUGGUCUCCGACGAGAUGGGGAGGAGGUUUGGAAUGAGAGGGAGGCUAUGGGGGUUGUGGUUGGUGCAGACGGUGGCCGGGUUGCUCUGUUUGUUGCUCGGACGAGUCAACUCGCUGUGGAGUUCCAUAGUUGUGAUGUGUUGUUUCUCAGUGUUUGUUCAAGCCGCCAGUGGACUCACCUUCGGCGUGGUUCCUUUUGUUUCCAAAAGGUCAUUAGGAGUGAUAUCAGGGCUGACAGGGAGUGGAGGGACGGUGGGAGCGGUGGUGACUCAGCUUCUAUUGUUUACUGGCUCUAAAUUCUCGACGGAAACAAGCAUCUCUCUCAUGGGAGUUAUGACUGUCAUCUGUACCCUACCAAUUACUCUCAUCUACUUCCCUCAAUGGGGUGGCAUCUUCUGUGGCCCUUCCUUUGGUCCCCACAAACCCCACGAAGAUUAUCUCCUCCUCCAAUAGAGUUGUAAAUGAAAUGAGCUACUCAUGAAAGGUUUGUCUUGUCCUUUGUAAGGGCUUGGUUUAGCCUGUUUCUGGGUUGUUGUUGGUGUUAUGCAGCUUGUGUUUUUUGUUUA